AAAGGUACCAAUAUGGCGGAGGCUUCCCUAGGGAGUUCAAGUCCAGUUGGCUCUUUAUCGUCAGAGGACCAUGACUUUGACCCAACAGCAGAAAUGUUAGUUCACGAGUAUGACGAUGAGAGGACUCUGGAGGAGGAAGAGUCUCUAGAAGGCGGGAGGAAUUUCAGCUCUGAAAUUGCAGAUCUAGAAAAGGAAGGGAACAUGCCUUUGGAAGAACUGUUGGCCAUCUACCGCUAUGAGGCCUCAGCAGGCUCCAGUAUAGACAGCUCCUCUGGAGACCUGACUGAUGAGCUGCCCGACAUGACUUUGGAUAAAGAGGAAAUAGCUAAAGACCUGUUGUCUGGGGACUACGAAGAGGAGACCCAGUCCUCCGCUGAUGAUCUGACCCCAUCAGUUACCUCCCAUGAGGCCACUGAUUUCUUUCCAAGAACACUUCGAUCCAACGCUAUUUCUGACGGUGAUAAAGAAUCCGAGUGUGAUGAAGACGGUCCAAGCCCAGAGGACUCCAGAAAGGAAAUAAUGGUGGGAACACAGUACCAAGCAGAGGUUCCUUCUUGCCUCUGUCACUACAAAGAUGGAGAGAAAGUGUAUGAAGACGAAGAUGAGUUAUUAUGGAGCCCAGGUAUAUUGUCAGAAAACAAGGUUAGGAGUUUCCUGUCUGAAGUGCUGUCACGGACAACGGAUGAAAAGACAGGAUGCGACAAACCAGGGAUGCAUGUUCGAGACAACGAGCAGGCUUUGCAUGAGCUUGUAAAAUCCAACUACAACACCCGUGAAGCACUAGAGAGAUAUUGCAGCCAUGUUAAGUCCUCAAAAGAAAAAUCACCUCCGUGGUCCGAAGAAGAAUGCAAGAACUUUGAACACGCUCUACAGAUGUAUGACAAGAAUUUUCAUCUCAUACAGAAACACAAAGUCACAACACGAACAGUAGCAGAAUGUGUGGCGUUUUAUUACAUGUGGAAGAAGUCGGAGCGCUUUGACUUCUUUGUGCAGCAGAAUCGGUUUGGGAAGAAAAAGUACAGCAGCUAUCCUGGUGUAACUGACCUGAUGGACAGGCUGGUGGAUGAAGCAGAGGGCCUAGCGGUGGACAGCUCCUCCUCUGUGUGUUCAGGAGCUGGUGGAGGAGGACGGCUGGAGACCACCACAGAACAGCAGCUCAGCCUGCUGAACUCCAUCACUGCCAGCGACCUCACAGCUUUGAGCAACAGUGUAGCGACAGUAUGCAGCCCCGCAGAGGUUAGUUGUCUGGACUCCUACAGUUUUCCUCCACUGGACGGUCUCCAUCGCGGCUCCCUGAACCACGACGAAUCCCUUGGGUUCCCCUCUAACGGCGCUGACCCUGACUGCCUCAACAUGCUCGACGCCGGCUUCUACCACUCAGACCUGGGCCAGCUAGGAGGCGUGUGCGUCAACAAGGACUGCGAGCGGCCCUCCAAGAGACUCAAGAUGGCGCUGCCUGACUCCUUUAUCAAUGACGUGUCCGUGGGUAACCUCGGGGUGGACUUCGAAGCGCGACGGACAACGACGCAUCACCACCGAAUCACUGGCGCCAAAAUGGCGGUGUCUGUCACAGACUUUGGGAGCUUGGCUGGCAGCGGCGAGCCCAACGGGUUUCUGGGAGCACACGCACGGCACCACACACAGCACACUGCAGCACUUCAGUCAGAGUGAUCUUCCUCAGUUUCCUUCCCUGUUCUUCCCUUUGGAAACCCCUUUUCCUGAUUGUACAUAAGACUGACCUCACUGGAAAAUCCAAUUUGUUUAAAUUCUAUUAUAUAUAUAUAUAUAUAUCUAUAUAUAUGUAUAUGAAUAUACUUUUUGUUUUCAUUUUUUGUGUAAUAUGACAUCAGUGAUGUCUAUCAUAUAGAACUAAAAUCUUGAUUUCUCUCAAGAGUUUAUAUAGCCAUUUAUUUUAUUUUCGUUUCGCGGUCUUGAGAUGUGUAACGUCCAUGUACAGUUGGGCCCAGAGGCUGCAGUAGGAGAGUUGUGUAUCUUCCUCCCUCACAUCUACACACAACAUCUUCAGAGCUACAGUAUGUUAUCCUGCCAUUCUUUUCAGCUGCCAAAAUGAGUUCAGCCUCUAGUGUUAUCAUGUAGUUACCCCUCUUUGUUGUUUGAAGUGGUACUUUUCUUUUCUUUUUUUUUUUUUUAAAUAGUGUUUGGUUUACAGGUACUUUUCAGUAACCAGACCGGUGCAGGUGGUUUUUAAUUUAUCCCAAACAUACCUGGGUACACGUCGUACGAAGAGCAACACUAGCACGGAGAUUAGCUUGGAGACCAGGAAGUGCUGUGGCUUUAGCUGCUAACGCCCUCCCAUUUGGUUUUGAUUCUUCUCCUGUGGAAGCUUGUUUAUAGUUUGCCUGCUUGUUUACUGUUGUUCAAAGUGGCCAAACUGGAACACGUGAAUGUUUGCAGUAAUUUAUUUUUAUCUUUUUUUAUUUUUUAAUCCCAGGUAGUCCAACCUAAAUCCCAGGCCUCGAUUCAUGGUUAUCCUAUUACCUUGUCAAACAGGCGAUGACGAAUACCUGUGCAGAGUAACUUAAUAGGAGUACUUUUGUUUCACUGCUGGAUUUAAACUCUUUUUUUUCAAAUCCUGCCUCUUUUUCGGAGGAUAUCAGCAAACCAUAGCAGCAAUAUCGCAAUGCAAAGAUUCCUGGUUGGGUUAAUAGCCAUUGAAACAUAGACACAGGAAAAUGUUUUAUCUCUUGCUUCUACUUUCUCAUUUAUUCCUGCUUUCACUCAUUGGAAAGUUUAUAUCUGUCCUAGUUAUGGCAACAAAAAAGAAAAUCGUUCCUAAAUGAAGUAGCGCCAUUUCCAGACCACUUGCGAGCUUGGGUAAACCUGCUAGCAGUAUUACGUUUUAUUUAAAGCCUCUCUGAUUUUCUUUGUUUUUCGUAUUAAACCUCUGCUUAGCCUGUACUGACUAGAGAUGCCUUUUGAAAUCUUGGGUCGACAAAUUUCUUUUUGAGUCUCGUAGCAGAAAUGGAGCCGUUGUCGCUCGACUGAAGUCCAUAAAUUGUGAAUUGUAAAAAUGUUUAGCGGGUCAAUGUCAGUUGAUUGGAUGCAGUAGUAGUGUUUACUUAAUUUAUCUAUGCAUUGUGCUAUGAGUAUUUAGUUUGUUUCAGGGGUACACCGUGUCUGUCAUGUCCAUAGAGCUAGUGUUGUUUUUUUGUUUUUUUUUCCCACCAUCAUGUGUGUACAGACGGGAUUCAUGCUUCUUAACCAUCAUCAAGUUUUGAGUAGUUCCGUUUCUAAAGCCCAGCGUCAGAGAGGAUAUUCACAUCUGCGUUUCAUGUAAAUAAUUAGCAAAUAGCCUUUAAAAAGUCUAUUACUGACCUCUUACACUUGUGAAUCUGUGUUGAUACAAAGGUUUUAAUUCAAUUCCUUGUCAGAAAGGCAAUAAUUUGUAGAUAUGUACAGAUAUUUUGGGUUUUUGCAUUUUACCGGUUGGUGUUUUAGUUUCUUUUUGUUUUUUUUUUCUCUCUCUCUCUUUGGAAAAGUCAUGAUACCCAUGAUAACACCAGGACACAGCUGAAACCACGCAUGCCAGCUGCGCCUGUUUCUCAAGUGUACCACUGAAAACGGCUUUACCUGAAGACGUAUUGAUAUUAACUCAAAUGUUGCAAUUUUUUUUUUUGAAACUUGCAGCCAUGUGUAAAAGACACUCAUCUUUCUUUCCUUAAAAAAAACAAACUUUU